UCUUCCUCCUCCUCCUCCACCCGGCCAUCUCCGCAGCCACUAACCCGCAGCCCGGCAGCCCGAUCUCCCUUUCGAUCCGAGCCCAUCGCCGUCGACGUCGCUCCACCAUGGCGGCGCUCCUAGCCCGGCAGGCAGCGCAGGCGCUCCGCGCGAGGCAGACAGCGCGGUUCGGGCCGGCCGCGACGGCGAUGCAAGGGCACCUCCGGACCUACAUGGACGCAGGGACACCCAAGAGGUUCAAAGAGGAUGAAGAGAAAGAACAGCUUGCGAAAGAGAUGGCGAAAGAUUGGAAUGCUGUGUUUGAAAGGAGCAUCAAUACAUUGUUUUUGACUGAAAUGGUCCGUGGUUUGAUGCUCACGCUCAAGUACUUCUUCGAGAAGAAUGUUACGAUUAACUAUCCAUUUGAGAAGGGUCCUCUGAGUCCCCGCUUCCGAGGAGAGCAUGCUCUCAGGCGUUAUGAAUCUGGGGAAGAGCGUUGCAUUGCUUGUAAACUAUGCGAGGCUAUAUGCCCAGCUCAAGCAAUUACAAUUGAGGCUGAAGAACGUGAAGAUGGUAGUCGCCGAACCACAAGAUAUGACAUUGACAUGACCAAAUGCAUUUACUGUGGGUUCUGCCAAGAGGCUUGCCCGGUUGAUGCUAUUGUUGAGGGUCCUAACUUUGAGUUUGCUACUGAAACUCAUGAGGAACUGUUGUACGACAAGGAGAAACUGCUAGAGAACGGCGAUCGUUGGGAGACUGAGAUUGCUGAGAACUUGAGAUCUGAGAGCCUUUACCGUUGAUUUUCUCCUCUCUUGUGAUGAACUGGAUCCAUCAUUUCCCUUAUUUUGGCCAACUAGCCGAUAAAUAAGCAAACUAUGUAUCUUAACCUAAAGACCCUCGGUACCAUCUGUUGUAUUCUGUGCCAGGCUGAAGGUGCACUGCAUGUUCUUUGUUACCA